CGGGGAGCCGCUCUCCCGCCUGCCCCCUGCACUCGGGACCUCGCAGGGCGGGAGGAGGCCCCGGAGCGGGACUGGCGGCCAAGGCAGGCUAUCGGAACGCGCACAGGUCUGCAGCCGCCGUGCUUGCAGGUGGGGAGCAGGAAGAUGCCCCGCGAAGUUGACCGCCGGGGUCAGGAGGCAGAGGAGCGCCCUCCCCGCGCGGGAGCCGCACAGUGAGUUUGGCCGGACCUGAGCCUGCGGCGCAGACCGGCGGCCCCUCGGGAAAGCGCAGCGCGAAGUUGUGGGCAGCGGCGCCCUGCCUGCGCGCUGUUGUGUAACCUCGGCGCUGCCAGCCGGGACGGGGAAGUUACUGGGCCGCCCGCCAGCCCGGUUCGGUCCCGGUCCCGGGCGGAUUUCAUGGCCCGCAGCGAUCGUGGGGCCGGAGCCGGCGUGGGCGAACCCUCGCGCGCCCCCUCCCGCGGGGCUCCCCGGUGCCCGCUCCCUUCCGCUCGCCCGCUUUUCCGAUGCUCGCUGCGCCCCUCUCCGCCGCCGCCGCCGCCCUUUCCCUGCCGUUCGCCCCUCGGAGCCUCCGCCUAAGUCCGGGACGAGAGAAUGACCGAGGUGCUGUGGUCGGCUGUCCCCAACGGGACGGACGCUGCCUUUCUGGCCAGCCCGGGCUCUCCCUGGGGGAACAGCACAGUCGCCUCCACCGCCGCUGUCGCAGCCUCGUCCAAAUGCCCGCUGACCAAGACGGGCUUCCAGUUCUACUACCUUCCGAUUGUCUACAUCUUGGUGUUCAUCAUCGGCUUCGUGGGCAACAGCGUGGCCAUCUGGAUGUUUGUCUUCCACAUGAAGCCGUGGAGCGGCAUCUCCGUGUACAUGUUCAACUUGGCCGUGGCUGACUUCUUGUACGUGCUGACUUUGCCCGCGCUCAUCUUCUACUACUUUAACAAGACAGACUGGAUCUUUGGGGAUGCCAUGUGCAAGCUGCAGAGGUUCAUCUUCCACGUGAACCUCUAUGGCAGCAUCUUGUUCCUAACCUGCAUCAGCGUGCACCGCUACAGUGGCGUGGUGUAUCCACUGAAGUCCCUGGGCAGGCUCAAGAAGAAGAACGCUGUCUACAUCAGUGUGCUGGUGUGGUUCGUCGUGGUCCUGGGGAUCUCCCCCAUCCUCUUCUACUCGGGCACCGGGGUCCGCAAAAACAAAACCAUCACCUGCUACGACACCACUUCAGACGAGUACCUGCGAAGUUAUUUCAUCUACAGCAUGUGCACGACUGUAGCCAUGUUCUGUGUCCCCUUGGUGCUGAUUCUGGGCUGUUACGGAUUAAUUGUGAGAGCUUUGAUUUACAAUGACCUGGACAACUCGCCUCUGAGGAGGAAAUCAAUUUACCUGGUGAUUAUUGUACUGACUGUUUUUGGUGUGUCUUACAUCCCUUUCCAUGUCAUGAAAACGAUGAAUUUGAGGGCUCGGCUGGAUUUUCAGACCCCAGACAUGUGUGCUUUCAAUGACAGAGUUUAUGCCACUUAUCAGGUGACAAGAGGUCUAGCAAGUCUCAACAGUUGUGUGGACCCUAUUCUCUAUUUCUUGGCAGGAGAUACUUUCAGAAGGAGGCUCUCCCGAGCAACUAGGAAAGCUUCCAGAAGAAGUGAGGCAAAUUUGCAGUCCAAGAGUGAAGACAUGACCCUCAAUAUUUUAUCCGAGUUCAAGCAGAAUGGAGAUACAAGCUUGUGAAGAUGCAAGAAUCCCCAAACACCCACUAUUGUAACAUGGUCUCAAGAUGCCCAGCCUGAUGUGUUAAGUACAUUGUUUCAUCUUUCAGAGAACUUUCUUAUGGAGUGUGGAUCCACUGAGGAGGUGGACAGUAACAAGAAAUACUCUUUUACUUCUUGAUAUGUUUUUGUUUUUCCAGUGUUUCUUCUUUAGCUUCAUACAUCAUGCAGUAGACAAUGGUGACAUGUAAAUGCAUGUCAAAUAGUAACAAUAAUGAUCUCACUAACUCCUUCCAGGCAAAAAGAAGUCUCUGGGAAGAGUCUGUGCUAAUGGUGAAAAGAGGGUCAAGAUGAAGCAGUGAUCUUAAAAUCUGAUUCUUGGCAUGUGAUGAUAUUAAUAAGUAUUUUAAUAAAGACAGAAGUCUGUUGGCAUUUUGAUUAAAAAAAAAACUGCUAAGAUGAUAGGAUUUAUUAGUUAACUAAAUUUCACAAUACAAAACCAUUUUUAGUGCCAAGUUCAAGGUGUUUUAUGGCACACAAAUUACAUCUUUCACUCUUUGAACAUCGACAUGUUUGCACUAAAAUGAUAAAAAGACAAACCGAGAAGAGAUACUGCAUGAGUGUAGAAUUCAGAGUCAUAUCCAUGAUGUUGCCACUUGGCCAGCUAUGGAACUCACGACCCUUUCAAGACCAUUCUUUGGAUUAAAAAACUUGGAUAACAUCUAUCUAUUGGGGCCUUAGGGGAUGUGGGAAACAUUAAAACUACAGAUAGCCAAUGGUGAAUGAAAUCUGCUACUGUGUUUUUCAGAACUCUUCAAUUCUAGUCCUUGACUAAAAAUUCUUACGAAGUUCACCAUAUGUGGAACUAUGACCUGUAAGUCUUCAUCUACUCCAGCAGUACACUACACUGCCUUUGGAUACAAAAGAUGUCAAUGCUUAGAGCGGCUGGAAUUGGACAGGUGACAAUAAAAAUGUGUAACUAGUUAGAGAUCUACUGAAGCUUUAACUUUGUUUGUCAAAUUGCAGCUAUCAUAAUAGUAUUUAUUAAUGAAGCUUACAGUUCUUCAGUUGUAUAGAUUGAAAGACUUUCUUGAAAGAGCCAACAUACUGAUGUAAAUUAUAUUUAUUACAAUGUAUAAUAUUAAUGUCACACUGGUAGGUAUAUUUUACAUAAUGAACAAUGCAUAGAUAAAAUGAGUUAUUGUAUAUUAUGAUGCUUUUCAAAUAUUAGUACCUGGAAAUGUUUGUUUUCAGACUUUUUUUAAAAUCUAAAAUACGAAAAUCUGUUUUGUGAUACUAGUGAUUAAUUUUUUCUAGAUACCUUUUGCACGUUUACCUUUUGAUGUAGGAUUCUUUCUAUACAGACACAAUUUGUUGUCAAACUAUUAUUAGAUCGAUAGCAAAUACAAAACAUCUGGGUCUGUAUAUAAUAUCAUAGAAAAGCUGACAUUGUCUUUUCAGGACAUUUAGAAUUGUGCCCUCAAAUAUUGUCAGAACUUCUAUUUCCAAAUGUAUUAUGCUUAUCCUAAAUUCAAAGUAGAUUCUCUUAGAAGUCUGGUGGGAUGGGCAUUAUCAAUACAACAUUAGAAUUUAAAGAAAAACGUUGGGGAGAUGUGGAGAGAAAGAGACAACUUAUAUAACCAGUUUUGUGUGCUCAGUUCUGCUUAAAUGUUUGUGCUGUGUUCCUUUUUAAGGUCUAAUAUAGUAUAAUCUUAAUUUCUUUGAGAUGGAGUUCCUAAGUAACACACUACCAGCAAGUUUAACACAGCAAUUCAUUUAAUCUGUUUUAUUUGUUCAGUGAUAACUUUAAUUCUAAGUUUUAUAAUGAUAACUAUUAUGUUUGGCUGCUGAAUUCUGUUACGUUUCUUAUUCUGUUGUACAUUGUAUUGUACACAUCGUUACAAAUUAAUAUGAAGGGGAAUAUAUGUGACAUAUCAGAAUUUGUGAAUUUGAAUUCUAGUAUGUUGUAGUGCUUUUGCAAAAAUGUUUAUUUUUAUAUUAUCUGUGAUUUAAUAUAGUAAUUGAACUGGGUUUCUCUGUGAUUGACAGUGCCAUUGGAUGAGCGGUGUGGAAACAGUGUUACUUGACAUUUUGAGCUUUCUCAGGUUUAUCUAAAUCAAUGGUAGCCUAACAAAUUCCAGAUUAAUUGUGCACAAUUGUGUUUUUAAUAAAACGUACAUUUCCUAUACGUUUGCAUGCAGGAGUAUACAAUAUUGUGUGUGUGUGUGUGUGUGUGUGUGUGUGUGUGUAAGGCAUGGCAGCCAACCUUGCAUCUGCUAUUGAUAAUAACAACAGAGCCUUGAUAUAAUCAGAACCUUGAUAUAAUCGUGGUCACUAGAAUUGUACCUACCAUAGAUAAUUAGAACUGAAAAAGUCUCAAUAAAACUAUGAAAUGUGGUCUGCUUCUAUGUUAUUAAAGUAUUAAUUCCCACAAGUUCCCCACACUUUGACAUGUACUAUUAUACCAUGUGGCAAAUACUGUGGAGUGUGUAGAAUUAAUGCAGGCAUUUCUUAAGGUGUAGCCUGCACUGUAAAAUAGUGAAGUGUUAAAGAAUGAAUCCUCAUAGAAGAUGAUUGAUUAGAUUACAUUAUUUGAUAUUAUUCAUAGGAAUGCAACCUAAUUUUUCAGAGGAAAAUACAAAGUGCAACCUUAAUGAAUUAUUUCCCACACUAGCAUUCUGUAUUUAAAAUGUUAGC